AUGAAGCGAAGAGUGUGGUUUUUCUCCAUGUUUCUCAUUUUUACCUGGCAAAAUUCGAUAGUCCACGCGGGAAAUCCGGAACUCACAUUAAAACUCGUACAAGUGAUAUUCCGACACGGCGAUCGUACCCCCGACAAAGGUGAGCGUUACCCGACCGACCCGUACGACGCCAAGUACUGGGCACCCAUGGGCUACGGACAGCUGACAAAAAUGGGCGAGAAGCACGCCUACAAAUUCGGCCAAAUGCUGCGCGCCAAGUACGGCGACUUUCUCGGCCCCUACCACCAGGAAUUCGUGUACGCGUUCAGCACGGACUUCGAGCGCACCAAGCGCACCCUGCAGCUGGUGCUCAAUGGCCUGUACCCGCCCACGCCGAGCCAGCGCUGGAGCGAGUCGAUGCACGUGCGACCCUUCCCGGCCCACUUCCUGCCCAACGCGCAGAACUUCCUCAGGCCCGUCAGAACGAAGACGUGCCCGCGCUACAAGAGCCUCUACGAGCAAGCCAUCAGGUCGCCCGAGCUCUGGGCCAAGCUCGACACGUACGAGGACUUCAUCGACCGGGUGAGACGCGACACGGGCUUCGUCAAUCUGCCGACCAAGACGGGCAGUCGACUGCUGGCCAAUCUGCGAGCGGUCGACAGUAUGGGCCUGCCACAGCCGAUCUGGUGCUCGCGCGAGUGCGCCCGAAAUCUCUACGCCCUGGCGAGUCUCAACAACGACGUCUACGUGCAAAAUCUCGAGAUGCAGAGAAUCGUGGUCGGGCCCACCCUCGACGCGCUGCUCAAGAAGAUCUACAGGAACGAGCGCGAGGCCAGGGAUCAGCACAGGAUAUACCUGUACAGCGCGCACGACAUCAACAUCGCCACGAUCUCGAGAGCGCUCCGGCUCAAGGACGUGCCCGAGAUACCGGAUUACUGCAGCGCGCUCAUUUUCGAGAAGUUGGUCGAUAAAACGAACAAGAUUUACGUCAGGAUAACGUAUUACACGGGAGUGACCAAUCAGCUGAUUCCCAUAAAGCUGAGAGCUCUGAACGUCAAUGUGGUUCACAAAGCUUUCCCCUACUUGAAACCGAAAAAUUGCCCCGUCGACUGUCCGAUAGAUGCUUUUUUGAGCAUUAUUCAUCCGCUCAUGCCGCAUCUCCAUUGUGCACCUAUAAUAACGAUGCUCAUACGUUUCUAUUUUACAAUAUGUUUUAUCCAUACUGUAGCUACAGUUAUCGCGGAAAAAUCUGCAGACUACCAAAUUGAUAUCGUCCAAGUCUUGAUAGCAAAUGGUGACCGCACACCGGAAAAAGAUGAGACCUUCCCGAAGGAUCCUUACAAUUCGACUUGGAAAAAAACAGGCUAUGGCAAAUUAACCAAGCGGGGAGAAAAACACUCUCGCAGACUCGGUGAAGUGCUGAGAAACAGAUACAACGACUUUCUUGGCGAUUACGAUCCCAGAUAUGUUUACGCGUUCAGUACCGACGACGAGCUCACGAAAAAAUCGCUGAAAAAGGUGCUGAAAGGACUGUAUCCGCGCUCGAACAAUCCCAACUGGACCGAGCUGCAGAAUUACCUCGCCUACACGGAGAAAAACGAUCUGAAUUUUUUGAGCCCUAUUCCUAAAUUUUGUACCAGAUACGUCAAUCUUUACGAAGCUGCGGAAAAAUCACCGAAAAUUGUGAAAGAGCUCGGCAAAUACGAGAGUUUCAUAUGGUACCUGAGGAUGGAGACGGGAUUUCCGCACAUCCAGCCACAGAUAACGGGCAGCAAAUUGAUGAAUUAUUGGCUCUCCGUCAGCAGCACCGAAUUGCCAUUACCCGAGUGGUGCUCCCGCGAUUGCCUGAAAAAUCUCUACGGCCUGGCGGCUCUGCACACCGAGAUCUCCGUGCUGAACAACGAUCUGGCUCGCAUGGCCGUGGGCCCGACCCUGGAAAUCAUAUCCCUGCGCUUGGCCGACAUGAACACCGGCACUACGGUCAAUCCCACGAAGAUCUUCCUGUACGGAGCUCGCGACAGCAAUGUGGCCCUCAUGACCAAGGCGUUGAAGCUCAAGGACCUGCCCGAGGUGCCGGACUACAGUAGCGCCCUGAUCUUCGAGAGAUUGCGCAACAAGAAGGGCAAGGCGUUCGUGCGCGUACUGUACUACACCGGCACGUCGGACCAGCUGAUCCCCGUGCAGCUGAAGAAGCCCAAGCACAACCCCCUGACCAAUGCGGCGUUGAAGUGCAUCAACUGCUUGGUGUACUGCGACAACGAGUGCCCGCUGGAAAGCUUCGCCAAGAUCGUGGAACCGCUGAUGCCCAAGCCCGAAGACAAGGAGUGUAUCGCCAAGAAGCCUAAGUAGAAA